GUAAAAUCAAUAUACUAUUCCUCCACCCCCUUUUCUUCAAUUCUCCUUUAUCUAGUCCCCAUGCAAUAACCCCAGAAAAAAUGUAAAAAAACAAGCUAAAAAAAUAAAAAGAAGCAACCACACACACACAGUUUCUUUCUUCUCCACUGGGGUCUUCUGCACUCAAAAUUUCUCCUUCUGCACAUGAGAUGCAAGUUCCAAUGGAGAUUCUUCUCCACCCCAUUUACUUUAUUUUACAAAUAUUUUUUUCUGUGCUUGUGAUAAUGAAGCCAAUAUUGUCUGCUCAUGAUCCUCUCUCUCAUGCCCUUUUGAGCUUAAAAUCAGAAAUUGUUGAUAGCUCUGAUAGCUUGAAAGAUUGGGUCCUUCCUCCUCCUGGGUUUGAGCCCUCUACCCAAAUUCAUGCAUGUUCUUGGGCUGGAGUCAGAUGUAGUGACAAUUCCUCAAAACUAAUCUCUUUGGACCUGUCAAUGAAGAAUCUUGGGGGCUCAUUAUCAGGAAAUCAGUUCCCUCUCUUUGCUGAUCUUCUUAAUCUCAAUUUAAGCCACAACUCCUUCUCAGGUCAACUGCCGGCUGCUAUUUUCAACCUCACAAGCCUGAAAACGUUAGAUGUAAGAAGGAACAAUUUUUCCGGUCAUUUUCCAGGUGGGAUUUCGAAUCUCCAAAACCUUGUUGUUCUUGAUGCUUUCAGCAACAGCUUCUCAGGUCCCUUGCCUGCCGAUGUUUCAAAAAUCGCUUCUCUGAAAAUCCUCAAUUUUGCUGGGAGUUAUUUCAGCGGACCAAUCCCGUCUGAUUAUGGUUCUUUUAGGUCAAUUGAGUUCAUUCAUUUGGCUGGUAAUUUUCUCGGUGGCAAAAUACCUUCUGAGCUUGGGAAUUUGAAAACGCUGACGCAUAUGGAGAUUGGUUAUAAUUCGUAUGAAAGCGAAAUCCCGUGGCAAUUUGGUAAUAUGAGUGAGCUUCAGUAUCUUGAUAUUGCUGAUGCCAACAUUUCAGGUCCAAUUCCAGAAGAACUCAGCAACCUCACCAAAUUAGAAUCUCUCUUCUUGUUCAGGAAUCUUCUCUCUGGGAAAAUUCCAAAAAAACUUAGCCAAAUCUUGACGCUCAAAAGCUUGGAUCUUUCUGACAACCUUCUUUCAGGUCCAAUCCCAGACAGCUUUUCUGAAUUGAAAAACCUUAGAUUGCUGAGCUUAAUGUACAAUGACAUGUCUGGAAAUGUUCCUCAAGGUAUUGCCAAGCUCCCAUUCCUUGAUACUCUCCUCAUAUGGAACAAUUACUUUACAGGCCCACUUCCCGAAGAUUUGGGCCGAUUUUCUAAAAUCAAACACCUCGAUGUUUCAACAAACUAUCUCUUUGGUAUAAUUCCACCUGAUAUUUGUUCUGGAGGCGAGUUGCAAAAGUUGAUUUUGUUUUCGAAUAAUUUCACUGGAGGGCUAUCUCAAUCCCUGCAAAAUUGUUCGUCCCUGGUUCGGCUUCGUGUGGAAGAUAACUCAUUCUCGGGCAACAUCUCUCUAACUUUUGCCAAUUUUCCGUACAUUUCGUACAUGGACCUGUCAAGAAAUAAGUUAUCAGGUCAAAUUCCUUCGGACAUUGAUCGAGCUUCAAGUCUCGAGUAUUUCAACGUGUCUUAUAAUCUCGAGCUUGGAGGAAUCUUGCCUGCUAAAAUAUGGUCUCUGCCUAAUCUUAAGAACUUUUCCAUGGUUUCUUGUGGCUUAUCAGCUGAUAUACCUCCAUUUGAAGACUGCGAGUCUUUAUCUGUUUUGGAGUUGCGAAUGAACAACUUAUCUGGAAAUAUUCCGGAAAGUAUCUCCAACUGUAAGCAGCUUUUGAUACUGAACAUAGCUGAUAACCAUCUCACAGGUCAAAUACCUGUUUCUCUUGCUAGUCUUCCUGUUAUCACCGUCUUAGAUUUAUCUCAUAACAAUUUGAGUGGUCAUAUUCCGAACGAGCUAGGAAGCUCGACCAGCCUAAAACGUGUCAACUUUUCAUAUAACGAAAUCUCGGGCCAAAUCCCUUCAAGUCAGGCUUUCAAGGCCAUGGAAGAAAGUGCUUUUUCAGGAAACCCAAAGCUGUGUGGCCCGCCUCUUAGACCUUGCCACCAUGAAAACGGGCUUUCAAGCGGAUUCGAAAUCGAGAGUAGAAAAGCGCGAAAAUUGGCUUGGGUUCUCAUACUGUGUGCUGUCGUUAUUUUAUUCAUUGUGGCCUCGAUAUUUGGGAUUGUGUACUUCAACAGAGAAAGGAAAGGCCACUGGAGAAUGAUUUCUUUCAACGGGCUCCCUGAUUUUACGGCCAAGGAUGUUCUCAGAAGCUUUAAUUAUGCCGAGACACUUUUACCGGAACUAAUGCCGGACUCGAUCAGUAAAGUGGUUUUACCCACCGGAAUUACUGUCUCGGCCAAGAAAGUAGAGUGGGAGCCCAAAGAGAUGAAGGCUGUGUUGAGGAAUAUGACGAGGAUAGGAAAUGUGAGACACGAGAACCUGACAAGGCUUCUAGGGGUGUGUUACAAUAAUCGUCUUGCGUAUUUGCUCUACGAUUAUAUGCCGAAUGGUAAUUUGGAGGAAAAGAUUGGGGUGGAAAGAGAUUGGGAGACUAAGUGUGAGUUGCUGAUUAAGAUUGCUAGGGGGCUUUGUUUUCUUCAUCAAGGCUGUUUUCCAGUUAUUAUUGCGCAUGGGAAUCUGAAGGCAGGCAAUGUUGUUUUUGAUGAAAAUAUGGAGCCUCAUUUGGCUGAUUACGGACUAAAUUUAAUUGUUGGGAAGAGUAAUUAUCGGCUGCCGGCAAAGAUCAGAGAAGAGCCAGGUAAAGGUGAUGGAUUUGGGAUAUCCCUAAGUGACGAACUCCACAUGGACGUGUACAAUUUUGGGAAACUCAUUCUGGAGGUUGUAACAGGCGGCAAGCUUGCAAAUGCCUAUGACACCACGAAAAGCAAAAGUGAGGAUCUCAUAGCUGAAGUUGCUCGCGCGAAUGCUAAUUUUAUCUCGGUCUUGUCUCAAGAUGACGUCAAGUUAGUUGUUGAAGUCGCACUACUCUGCAUGAACAGUAGGCCAUCAAUGCAGGAUGUAGUGAAGCUGCUUACGGGGCUUAAGUCGACAGCAAGUGCUGGGACCUGCAAAGUAUGAAAUAGGCGCAAAUUCGCUGAAGAGUUGAUUAUUUCUUUUUGGGUUGAUUUGUUUGAUAGUUGGAGCCUGCGUGUGAAAGAACAGUAUGCUGUAAAAUAGAUAUGUAUAUGUGAUUUCUAUAUGCAUGAAAUGGUUCAAAUAAGAACCUAGUCUAGUGUAAUAAGUAAGAAUGCUAUUCUGAACUUGGUGUAAUACCAUUUUUAAUUGUGUUUGGUGCUAUUUUUACUUACAA